UUACCGCUAUGGGGGCGAGCGCUCUAUUCGUACAUCGAGGCGUUCAUCGGUUGCGUGACGUGUUUCCCGCUGUUCGCUUGUCUCUCCACCAGGUACCGAGCCCUCGGGGCUAUCAUCUGCAUAUGCUACUCGGCAAUACUGCUGAACCUGAACAUCGUGAAUACGGUUAAGCAAGUUAAAGAAAGUGGCAACAACAGCGAGUGGAUUAAAGCUCUUUACAUCCCACAAAGCCUAGUCAUUCUUGAAUUGACAAGAGCGUAUGCACUCCUACAAGGCAUUCCACCUAUUUUUUGCUACGUGCUCCUGAUUGGGAUUUGCAUCAACGUUCUCCGACGAUGCGUCCUGUCGGGUGUUUAUCUGGACGACACCAUUCCUGGAACUGCCAAGCCUCACCAAGCGCUGCACGUCAAGUGGGUUUUCCGAAAAUCCAAGGACGAGACCCUGAAAAAAGGAAGUUUCAUUUCAAAUAAAACAUUUGUUGAGUUGAUGUGCGAAAGCUCAAAGCUU